AUGUUGGCGUAUCUCACACAGCACGAGGACGCCGAUCUUGACAAACAGUCAAAAGGCCCGACGGGGGCGUCUCAAACCUGUUCGCAUCCCCCGGAUCUCUUGCAGCUCGCAGCCAGCAAUGACGAGCAGUUGCUAUCAGACACAACAGCAGCGCUGUCGCUUGACAAGUGGUCCGUUACAACGAAGGGACGUAGGAAUUCCGACGUUUUGAGUUCACAGCUCUGGAAGACGACGCCAGCCAAAUACGACUUCAAUAAUGGGCCGGAGAUCAUCAACCAGAAAGGGCAGCAGCCAAGAGGAACCCCUUGGAACAUGCCUGUAAUUUCAUCCAGCCUGGUCUCAAAUGCAGGGCACUGGGAGGCCAUGGCAGCCAAAUACGACUUUGAUAUCGACUUGGACAUUGUAGAUCCAGAGGGCCACAAACUUCUUCAUGAGACAGUUCGAUAUCACAUACUCCAAAACUCGGAGCUUGCAUCAGGCUUGACAAUCGACCAACGCCUCAGCGACGGUGCGGGGGCGGAUUCCUUUCGUCGGACCGUCUGGUUGCCGUACGGCAGUUCAAACAUUGCUUCCUUCAGCGACGUCUCCUCCAAAGCUGUGGAGAACUCUACCAACAUUGGCCGCAUCCUCAAACAGUUCAGCAUUCUCCAAGAGUACGGCAUGGCCACCAACUUCUUCAGCAUCCUGGUGGCUCGGCCAGGCUCUGUGGCAGAGGUCGUUCCAAUCUACGCAGAUUCUCUGGGGGAAGUCGCCGAGGAGCUCAGAAGAGUGGCGGAAAUGGCGCUCGCACUCGACGGCAUAUUCAAGAAAGACCAUGUGACUUUCAUGAGGCGACGAGACUGCGUGCCCGAAGUUAUAGCGGUCAAAAAGAUGGUCGCUAGCCUUGGCUUAGGGUUCAACAGCAGCAAAACUUCACAUUCUGCACUUUCCAGCUAUUUCGAAGUCAUGGAAGACUGCCAGUGGCUUGUGAGGGUCUUGGAAAUAGGACUCAUAUCCUAUUCCGGGUCGCACACAAGCCGCUUCGACCGAGACUUGGUGGGACAAGAUGCGGAAGAUGCGACGAUAUCGAUGACAAGAAUCGAGGUCCCUGCUUCGGUGUCAUAUGUCAAAGCAAAUUUCUCCCUGAAACGACUGGCAUGCCUCGAUGGGCUUCUGAGCAGCCGAAUAUGGAUUCUCAGUAGCGAACCCGAAUCAAGUCAGCGGGAUGAUGCCUUGUCAAUCUUGACCACUAUGCCCUUAUUUGCUGACUUGUGGGGCCCAGUCUAUACCGUCAGGUACCCAAGCAAUGACGGCAGGAUCCUCCAACACAAUACCGCUAAAGGUGUCAUCCGGCGGCAGGACAGCGGCAAUGUACCUUCGCGGAUGCCCCGAGACCCCUCAGAGCUUGAUCGAGUAGUCAUCCCUUGUCACUGGGAGCCAGCGCCGAAGCACUUUCUUAGCCGCUGGGUCCAUGGCCUUCGGAAACUGCUGAAACCCCCAAAUUUCUUUCUCCGGGAUGACGAUUUGCUCCUCAUUGGCACUCCAGAACCGGCCCCAAGGGCCAAACCUCGACUGCAACCCAACAAAGGAUGCCAAUACACACCAGGCUCUUUCUUUGCCGAUUCCACCGACAUUUUAGGAGUGCCCGGAACCCGACCGGCUAAGUGGGUCACAGAUGGCCUGGAAAUUGGAACUGGAGUCGAGUUGUCCAUGUUCAGUUUCUCAGUUACUGGCAAGGCCAAAAAGAUGCCGGGAACAACUUUGAAACAGCGCAUUUUCACCAAAUGGAGUCAGGCCCCAGCUCGAGCGAAUCCUUGGAUACUACACCAAUUGUUAGCCGUCGAGGUUAGCCACUGCACAGGAAAUGCCAGGAGAAUCCCCCUCCGGAACCUGCUGUUCGGAGACGACCUGAGAGAAUACCUCGAUGUCCAAAUGCCAUCAUGGACCAGCAGUGAUUGGGGUACUGCGCUGCGCAAGGCGGUUGAAAGUAGCGAUGGAGAGGAACUUCUCAGGUUUUGGAAGACCCAUCAACAUUUUCGUGAGAAUGUCGGCCAGCUGAUUUCUAGCAUACUGGAGCUUCUCGAUGAUACUGGUAACGAUGGGGAGUCGUUCCGGGUCGCGCUGGUACACCAGAAUAUGGAGCACCUGAUCAAAUUCCCACUUGACAAAAACAGCUGGGCGAGCGUCCUUGGGGACUCCGACCUUGCGGCAACAUAUGCUCUUGUGACCCACGUUUGCUUGUCUCGCAAAUAUGACGGCGAUGAGGCAAAAGAAAAUGACUAUGCAGGAUGCAGCCAGCAUGACAAGCGUUCCAACAAGGCGUACACCUGCUUGCAAACAAGGAUCGUGCUGCCAAAAGAUGUCGAGAGAUAUAUUCGAAUCCGAGGAGACCGAGAUGAAAACAUAUACACAUUGACAGAGGAUGUACUAAUGCCAGCAUCUGACCUUCGCUCGACGGCUGAGAAAUGGGUGAGAAAGUUGACACGGUGUCCAAUGCAGUCCGAGGCGAAGGAUAGCACUGAUUUUGACGCGGUGGUAUUGACGCUGAGGUCGCGACAAAAGAGCUAUGGAGGCAUGUCAAAGCCAAGAAGAAGGGUGUCAUGCCAGCGAUUUGAGUUGCCGGCUACCGAAACAGCCUGCCAAAUCAACAUGAACGAGCAGUCCAAUAGCAUACCUUUGACUGGUCUGAGCCCCCCGGGGUCCAGGAGAGUCAAGAGGGCUCUGCCACAAAGCCAACCGUGGUCGCUUCAGAUGCUCAUGGAACAAGAACAAAAUCGCACAACUCACCAACAGGCUUUGAUAUCUCCAACGCUACCAGUCGCCAACACACUCGGUACUUCGUCCACAGUCGAAGGUGCCAGAGUCAACCUGACGCCCAUGUUGACAGCAAGAGAGAUGAUAGAGGUUAUGGCCGGGGACAGUUCGCCGCGGGGUUGA